GGUCCUAAGAAUGGCACGUCUGUGGUCCUUCAGUGUGCUGCUCGCUGGAUUCCUCCUGCUUCAGACUGAUGGAGUUCGUGCAGGUGAUGACGAAUUCCUGGGAAGUCCAUUUAUACAAAGAGCUGUACGUGAAGCCAUUGAUCUCGUGGACAACGCUUAUAAGGAGACCCGAAUUAUCCAAAAAGAGAGACUGAGCAAAAGAACCUUGAAGGCUAGUGACCUCCUGCGUUUCUUCAAGCACCCAAUGGCAGAGACCAGAGUUGCCGUGCGGUCAGCGGAGUACAUGGAAAACGCACUGCGCCUCAUUCAGCAACACGUCCAUCGAGUUCACAAACGCUCACUGAAUGCAACAGAUCUGUUAUCACCAAGUGACCUGGAUGCUAUUGCACGUGUCACAGGCUGUCUAGCUGUACGUCAGCCCCCACUCUGUAAAGACGACUGUUUUACAGACCGAUACAGGACCUUCACCUCUGUGUGCAACAACAGGAGGAAGCCUCGCCUGGGAUCGUCCAAUAUUGCACUCACCCGAUGGCUCCCACCUCGCUAUGAAGAUGGAUUUUCACUUCCACUGGGCUGGACUCCAGGCAGACGAAUAUCAGGAGCUGUUCUGCCACUGGUUCGCGAAGUGUCAAAUAGAAUCUUGAGAACACCCAAUGAAGACGUGGUCAUGGAUACAGAAAUCAGUCACAUGCUGAUGCAGUGGGGUCAAUGGGUUGAUCAUGAUAUGAGUUUAAGCCCUCAUUCUGGCAGCAUCCAGACCUUCAAUGAUGGCAUUGACUGUGAAAGAACUUGUGUUCAAAGAAAUCCCUGUUUCCCAAUACGGAUCCCUCCAAAUGAUACCAGGAUCACAGAUCCUGACACAUGCUUGCCAUUCUUCCGGUCAGCUCCUGCGUGUGGAACUGGUGAGCUGGGCUCAUUAUUUGGAGAUUUCAACACUCGUCAGCAGAUAAAUGCACUUACUUCUUUCAUUGAUGUCAAUGAAGUCUAUGGCAGUACAGACUGUCUGGCCAACAAGCUCAGAAACCUCACUAAUGAACUGGGCCUGUUGCUUGUCAAUGAGGAAUUCUCUGACAACGGACGAGAAUAUUUACCAUUUAACACCAUUUCAAGCAACCUUUGUGGAAGUAUGGGGGAAAGUUGCUUCACCAGUGAAAAUUCAACUCCGUGUUUUAUAGCUGGGGAUGUACGUGUCAAUGAACAACUGGGGGUGUUAACUAUGCACACAUUAUUUCUCCGAGAACACAAUCGUUUAGCGAGAGAGUUGAAGACGUUGAACCCUCACUGGAGCGGAGAAACAACUUAUCAGGAAGCGAGAAAAAUCCUAGGAGCUUUUCAACAGAUAAUAAAUCACAGAGACUUUGCUCCCCUGGUACUGGGAGAGGAGGCAAUGGAGAAAUUUCUCCCAGAAUAUGAAGGCUACGAUGAAUCUAUUGAUCCUGGUAUUGCUAAUGUUUUCGCAACAGCAGUUUUCCGUUUUGGACAUCUCAUAAUUAACCCACUGCUGUUCCGCCUGAAUGAGAGCUACCAGGAACACCCACAAUUCAAAAGCAUUGACCUGCACCAGGCUUUCUUCACUCCCUGGAGACUGAUCAGGGAAGGUGGAGUUGAUCCCCUCGUGCGUGGAUUGGUGGGUAGACCAGCUAAAAUGCAGACACAAGGUAUGAUGAUGCACGAUGAACUGCGGGAAAGACUGUUUGAACUGACCUCCCGUUUAGGCAUGGACCUGGGUUCCCUGAAUAUGCAACGUUCUCGGGAUCAUGGGCUCCCAGGAUACAAUGCUUGGCGGCGUUUCUGUGGCCUUUCAGCACCAAGGUCGAGACCUCAGCUUGGGCGAGUUCUCAGGAAUCAGACAUUAGCAAGGGAGCUCAUUAGAUUGUAUAGAACUCCAGACAAUAUUGAUGUAUGGUUGGGGGGAAUCUCUGAACCUUUCGUGAAAGGUGGCAGAGUAGGCCCUCUGUUCGCCUGUUUAAUAGGACAACAAUUCAAGAACCUGAGAGAUGGAGACAGAUUCUGGUGGGAAAAUGCUGAAGUUUUUCCUGGCCACCAGCGUCAGGCUCUUAAACAAGUCUCCUUGUCCAGGAUAAUCUGCGAUAACACAGGGAUUCAGGUUGUUCCUCGGAAUGCCUUUAAAUUCCAUCCAUUCCCAAUUGGAUAUGUAAAUUGCACCGAGAUCCCACAGGUCGACCUGAGUGCUUGGAGAGAGGAUGUGAAAGUGACCCCCUGUGGCUCUGUACCUGUUAUUGAGCACGGCCAUUUCUCGAUCUGUCAGUCUUCGGUCAGGUAUUCCUGUGAAUCUGGAUUCAAGCUGGUGGGCGGAGACACAAUAACCUGUCUGAGUAAUGGACAGUGGAACCGAGAACCGCCUGGCUGUGCAGAUCUCCACAAGUUUUAUGAAACUCCAGGCCCCACUGAAUUAUCGGGACUUGGAGGUGAACGUGAAAUCUCUGCCUUUUCUGUAGAACUUCAAACAGCCAAUCAGGAAAAUAACACACCAUUUCCAUGUGCAAGGGAGAUCUACAAUGAGCAGAGACUUUUCAAUUGUCAAACUGGAAUCUUCACUUGUCAGACACCUGGUUCUUAUCUAUUUUCAUAUCACUGUGAAGUGAAUAACCAGGCAGUAAUUGCCCUUCAAAGAAAUAAUGUAACAGAAGCUACUUCAGAUCUGAGAGUAAGAAGUAGGCAAACUAUUGCAUCAGGAAGCGUCAUCCUUCAGCUAGAUAUUGGUGAUCAAGUUUGGUUAGAGACUAAGCAAGGCAGAAUUGUUCCUUCCAGCUAUUUUCUGGGUCAUUUAUUGGAUUAGUGUGUUUCCUUUCUUUCCAGAUGUAUAUAACAAUCUUUACUAAAUAUUGUUCGAAGAAUCAGCUCCAGGAUUUCCAUAGUCACCUGAACUAGGCAAUCAGAGCCCAUUUCGGGAAAGCUGCUUUCCAUAGUCCUCCUGGUCAAUGUGUAGCACAAACUAGAACAAAACCCAUCCUUAGUACGGAUGUCUGAUCUCAGGGUCUAGCUCAGUCUCUACUUCCUCUGUCCAAACAAUAUACCAAUACACUGCUGCGAUGAUUCAACCAAAGAGAUGAUAUGUUAACAGUCUAUUUUAGGAUCGCAUUUUCACAAGUACCAUUUCUCAUUGAAAUACAUUCACAGAUAUGAAACACACAACAAACUUAAAUUGUUCAAUUCAUUCUUUCAGCAUUAUGUAUUCUGCUUUAUUUUACCCCGGCACAUGAUCUGCUCCAUUGAGGGAAUAUUAAAGGAAUAAUCCACAAAAGCAUGCUCACCAAGACACAUCAGCUUUCUCCAACUCAAGCAAACAGAUUGAGCAAAAAUACUCUCAGUCAACUGAAACAGGUCCUAUUAAUACAAUAUAUCCCAUUGGAAGCUCGCCGUUUUCACAUUUUAACUGUCCAUUUGAAGCCCAUCGUUUUAAUACAGUAACCGUCACACCAUUAUUCAUCACUUUAAUACUUAAAUUUCCCUGUGGAAGCCAAAAACAUUAACAGCAAUUCACUCCUAAUUCUUUCAAGCAAUAUAUCGAAUGUUCCUGACUUAUUCCCACACAUUGCUUGGGGAAUGGCUCCAAAUGAUUCACGUUGUCAGUGAAGAAAUUAUUUCUAAUAUUUCAUAAAAGCUUCUCAGCAUUUAAAUGUUUUAUCUUUAAUACUUAUAACUCAGACAUUCUUUAGCCUGCAGAGUUCAAUCUCUCUCUAUCUUCACAUCUGCAUUGAAUAUGCUGCAAUUUCCUGACAGGAAAUGGUAAAAAUAGAGAGUUGGCACAUAGGAUUGAAAUCACAGAUUUACCAAGGUGUGUAGACUUAGGUCUGAUUCGCAUUGUUCAUGUAUACUGUUUGGGAUUAACUACAUCACAUCUCUUUGCUCGUGCUCCAGAGACUUAGUAAUUAUAAUACACAGACCUGAACUGAACAUAAUGGCCAAAUUGCCAUUGUAGAGUCACAGUGUAAUCUCUUAAUUCUCUAUCUGCUUCUCUUGUUAUGUAUUUUAGCAUUGUAUUAACCUUUGAGAUUAUCUCAGUGCAUUGAGCAGACAAUGGAAGUGACUAGUUGACUAUGCCAGAAUCUCUUUAUUUGAAAGCCCCUUUUACCAGCUGAACUCAAGUCCUUACAAACUUGUGAUUCUUCUCAUUAUGUAGCUAUUGUCACAAUGAAAUCUUGUUUCGCUACUGUGUGCUCAAUAGCUCUCUUUCAAACUUUUGCUGCAUUCUCUAUCUUCAUUGUUCCCACUCUUCAGUGACACAAGAAUUAAACGUCAACCUCCUGUUAAAUUUGUGUCUAAUAGUUUUCACCUGGACCAAACCCUCGGCCUUGCAAAGCGAUGUAAACAUCCGGUUACCUCAAGAUGGGUCACUUCCAAGUCUCGAGAAUGUAGUACUAUGGAGAAGUGAAUUUUAACACAUGUAUGUUAAUAACUUUUAGCCAAACUGUACAAGAGCUGUUGCAUUUCUGGGCUUGUAAAUACUGACCACACUGCACUGUGAUGAUCAGUUUCAAGAAUAUAAAGCCUUUCAUUAAUCUGUUGCAAUUAAUGAUAAUCAUGCAGUCAGGGUAUCUUGUUAUGAUCACUUACAGACUUUUCCAUGAGACUUAGUCACAUCAGGACACAAUGGUUAAUCAAUGUAUCUGCUGUAAUCUGACUUUCUGUAUCCACAGUAUCAUGCUUCAAUUACACUGUCAGUAAUUGAACAUUGAGGGAGAAACUGAAUCUGAUGGAUUAUACAUUCCCAGCUGCUUUUUAACAUUAAAGAGAGAAAGGCAUUCAUUUGAGUUCUUUGGCCUCAUGGUGUUAAUAAUCUGUUCCUAUUUAUUAUUAUUCUGUCUGUUCUCCUGUGACAUGUCAUCAAUCCAGCUUCACAGUAGCUUCUUUGUCAAAAGUUUGUUGAUGCCCUGUGGUAGCUCUUGGCUAACAAGAAUUCUCCUUCAUACCCACUAAAAAUCCAAAGAAGGUAGGUUUUGGAAAAACUAAGUUAAGACUUACAGUAGGAUAAAUAUUAAAUCAACACGCCUUAUGGCACAGUGGUAGGGUCUCGACUUCUCAACCAGGAGAAAAAACAUACAAAGAACUAUGGAUGCUGGAAAUCCGAAACAAACACAUAGAAUUGCAGAAACUGAGCAAGUCUGGCAGCAUCUGUGGAGAGAAAAAAACAGAAUUAAAGUUUUGAGACUGGUGACCCUUCUUCAGAACUUCAGAGUCUUCUUAACCAGGAGGCAAAUCCCAUUUGCUUCAGAGAUGUGCAAUCUCAUCUCUGAACAGGUUGAAAAGAAAAUAUCUUCCCUGUUAUAAGGUUAAUAAUGAAUUUGUGAUUUACAUACUAGCUGCAGAUUCAGACCGUUCAUUACCCAAGUCCCUACUGACCAUUUCUCCCCUCACACAGCGUAAGAUCAAUUUGCUGUAGGUAUAUCGUGAAUGGUUUCUUUGAGAUAGAUCCUUCAUUAGCCCGAAAGGUUGAUUCUUUUUGUCUAUAAGCACCUGAUCUAUAUUCUUCAGCUUUCCAGGAAAUUUCACUUCUUCUUAAAGAAAUGAUUGGAGUCCUUUAUUACCAUGGGUAUAAACUUCUAUGAAUAUAUAUUAAUAUGGUUUAUAUUGAAAAUGUUUACAUUCAUAUUCUGAGUGAGCAAUUGUAGUGAUCCAUUUUGAAAGGACUAGUCACCAAUUUGGAAAAUUGAGUAUUUGAAUCACCACUUCUAAAUCUUUUUUCAAAUGCUUAUUUCAAUGAAAGCUGAAAUGUAUCAGCAAUUAAAAUCUUGACUACAUGAAUUAACAAUAAAAUUGCAUGAAUUCUGUUCA